AUGGCUGCUGGUGUCAUACGAUCUGUCUGUGACUUCAGGCUGCCCCUGCCAUCCCACCAGCCCUUCCUGCCCCAAGACCUGGAGCCUCCAGAAAAUUCUGAAGAGGAAGAGGAGGAAGAAGAGGAGGAAGAGGAAGAGGAGGAGGAGAGAGACCCGGAGCUACAAGGCAAGGGACUCCAAGGUUAUAGCCCAGAUCCCCAGGCCUUGGGAGUGGCCCCCCAGGGUCCCAGCAGCCCUGAGACCCCACUGCAACUGCUGCGCUUCUCAGAACUCAUCAGUGGCGACAUCCAACGGUAUUUUGGCCGUAAGGACACAGGGCAGGACCCAGAUGCCUGUGAUGUCUAUGCUGACAGACGCCCAACCAACUGCUCUGCCCGGGAGCUGUACUAUGCUGACCUGGUAUGCCUGGCCCGUGGUGGGCUCCCAGAGGAUGAGGAGGCUGCAGAGCCUGGGGUACACUCACCUGGGAGGCAUGAUGGGCAGGCACACAGGCUGGGCCCUGGGAGAGAUAGGGUACCACCAUUGGGCCCCCUGGCUGAGCUCUUUGAUUAUGGGCUGCGGCAGUUUUCUGGGCCUAGUGCUGGCCGCAGACUGAGGCUGGAGAGGAAGUACAGCCACAUUACCCCCAUGAACCAGAGAAAACUGCCUCCAUCCUUCUGGAAGGAGCCAACACCCAGCCCACUAGGCCUGCUUCACUCUGGCACACCAGAUUUUAGUGACUUGCUGGCCAGCUGGUCAACUGAAGUGGGCCCUGAGCUGCAGGGUGGGGGUACCCAGGCCCCCGAGGGGACACAACUAGCUGAAGCCUAG